AUGAAAACUGUCAUUCAAAGAGUCAAGUCCGCUUCAGUGACAGUAGACGGCAACCUCAUAUCAACCAUUGGCAGAGGCUUGCUUAUAUUCGCCGCCAUCGGUAAAGAUGACACAGCUAAAGAAGCCGAGUCUAUGGCGAGUAAGAUCCUCAAAGUGAAGCUGUGGGACGAUGAUGCGGGCGGGAAGUGGAAGAGGAAUGUCCAGGACAUUGAGGGAGAAGUGCUGUGUGUCUCACAAUUUACCCUUCUUGCAUCGACAAAGAAAGGCAACAAGCCCGACUUCCAUAAAUCCGCUCCCGCAUCAAAGGGUAAAGAGCUCUACGACACCUUCUUCAACCAAGUCCGCUCGCUCUACCGCGAGGACCGAGUCAAAGACGGCAUCUUUCAAGCUAUGAUGGAUGUAGGACUGGUAAACGAUGGUCCAGUUACUAUCGAGAUUGAUACGAAUCCGCCAGAUAUGGGAAAUACCUCUGGUCUACAGCCGCCGGAAGAUGGAGACACGCUGAAGGGGCAUGUGCACAAGAAGUUUGAUCUGCCGGCUUCGCUGCUGGAGUAA